GGGUGGGAGCCGCCGCCGCCGUGUCAGUGAGGCAGCGCCAGCCGGGCUGGAGUGCGUCGGCUGCAGCUCCUGCUCUUUCUGGGGACCGGGUUGCCGGCGCGGCGGAGAAGGGAGGGGAAGGCAGAGAGCCGCGGCCGUCCCCUGCCCGCCGCAGCGGUGGCCGCGCAACGGCUCUGCCCCCGGGAGAGCGGCUCCUCGGUGUUCCGGCGGGGCAGGGGCGAGCGGCAGCGGCUCCGCCGUGCCUGCGCUGCGGGCUGUGGCGAGUGGCGCCGCGCCGGCGGGCGGGUAAAUGGAUCGCCAUUCCAGCUACAUCUUCAUCUGGCUGCAACUGGAGCUGUGCGCCAUGGCCGUCCUGCUCACUAAAGGUGAAAUCAGAUGCUACUGUGAUGCUGCACACUGUGUUGCAACCGGCUACAUGUGCAAAUCUGAACUCAGUGCCUGCUUCUCCAGACUGCUUGAUCCUCAGAAUACACAUUCCCCACUUACUCAUGGCUGCUUGGACUCUAUUGCAAGCACAGCCGAUAUCUGCCAAGCCAAACAAGCACAAAACCACUCUGGCACUGCCACCAUAUCCACAUUGGAAUGCUGUCAUGAAGAUAUGUGCAAUUACAGGGGACUACAUGAUGUUUUGUCUUCUUCCAGGAGUGAUACUUCAGGACAAGGGAGCAGAUAUCAACAUGACAGCAGCAGGAACCUCAUCACUAAGGUGCAGGAAUUGACCUCUUCAAAAGAGUUGUGGUUCAGGGCAGCUGUAAUUGCUGUGCCUAUAGCUGGUGGGCUAAUCUUGGUCCUCCUUAUCAUGCUGGCUUUGCGGAUGCUCAGGAGUGAAAACAAGAGACUGCAAGAUCAGCGGCAGCAAAUGCUCUCCCGUUUGCACUACAGUUUUCAUGGACAUCAUUCGAAAAAAGGGCAGGUGGCAAAAUUGGACUUGGAAUGCAUGGUGCCUGUGACUGGUCACGAGAACUGCUGCAUGACCUGUGAUAAAAUGAGACAUUCAGACCUCAGCAAUGAUAAAAUUCUUUCACUAGUCCACUGGGGAAUGUACAGCGGACACGGGAAGCUGGAAUUUGUAUGACCAAUUAUUUUUUUUUUUUGAUCUGAGCUAAACAUACUCUCUGAACUCUUGAAGGCCUUUGGGUUCUGCUGGACAGGAGCACUUUAUCUGAAAACAAAACAAAAACUCUUACAAAUCAUCUUUGAGAAGCAAAGGACCUCUGCAAACAGAAUCUUGGAUAUUUCUUCUGAAGGAUUCCAAAAAGUUGUCUUAUUUGCACAGAGUAAAAUACACUCAAAUGUAUUGUUUGCUUUAAAGUUAUGAAAGCAAAAAUCUAGAAGUUGUAAACACUGUCACCAGGGUUGUCUGAACUGUAGGGAGCUGAGAACUGAGUUAUUACAAUAAACUGUAUGCAAGCUCCUAUGUUUCCUGACUUAUUGUAAAGAUUUUUUUUUUUUUUUAAAUAUAU